GCGGAGCCUGCGGCCGUUCCCGCGGCCUCCUUCUCCUUCUCCUUUCCCUCACCCCAUCCCACACCCUUUUCCCCUCCCCGGCUCCGUCACCUUCCUGUCCCCCACACUCAGACCAAGAAUGCCCUGCCCGGAACAACCCAGCAGCGCCUAGAUGGCUUUGGUCACGGUCCAGCGGUCGCCUACCCCCAGCACCACCUCCAGCCCCUGUGCCUCGGAGGCAGACAGUGGGGAGGAGGAAUGUCGGUCACAGCCCAGGAGCAUCAGCGAGAGCUUUCUAACUGUCAAAGGUGCUGCCCUUUUUCUACCACGGGGAAAUGGAUCAUCCACACCAAGAAUCAGCCACAGACGCAACAAACAUGCAGGCGAUCUCCAACAACAUCUUCAAGCAAUGUUCAUAUUACUCCGCCCAGAAGACAACAUCAGGCUGGCUGUAAGAUUGGAAAGUACUUACCAGAAUCGAACACGCUACAUGGUAGUAGUUUCAACAAAUGGCAGACAAGACACUGAAGAAAGCAUUGUCCUAGGAAUGGAUUUCUCUUCUAAUGACAGCAGCACUUGCACCAUGGGCUUAGUCCUGCCUCUCUGGAGUGACACCUUAAUUCAUUUGGAUGGUGAUGGUGGGUUCAGCGUAUCAACAGAUAACAGAGUCCACAUAUUCAAACCCGUGUCUGUGCAGGCAAUGUGGUCUGCGCUGCAGAGUUUGCACAAGGCUUGUGAAGUUGCCAGGAUGCAUAACUACUACCCAGGCAGCUUGUUUCUAACCUGGGUGAGUUACUAUGAGAGCCAUAUCAACUCUGACCAAUCCUCAGUCAACGAGUGGAACGCUAUGCAGGAUGUGCAGUCCCACCGGCCGGACUCGCCCGCACUCUUCACAGACAUACCAACUGAACGUGAGCGAACAGAAAGGCUGAUUAAAACCAAACUGAGGGAGAUUAUGAUGCAGAAGGAUUUGGAGAACAUCACAUCCAAAGAGAUAAGAACAGAGUUGGAGAUGCAAAUGGUGUGCAAUCUGCGGGAAUUCAAAGAAUUCAUAGACAAUGAAAUGAUAGUGAUCCUUGGUCAGAUGGAUAGCCCUACACAGAUCUUUGAGCACGUCUUCUUGGGCUCGGAGUGGAAUGCCUCCAACUUAGAAGACUUACAGAACCGAGGGGUGCGGUACAUCUUGAACGUCACCCGAGAGAUUGAUAACUUUUUCCCAGGAGUCUUUGAGUACCAUAACAUCCGAGUAUAUGAUGAAGAGGCAACAGACCUCCUGGCCUACUGGAAUGACACUUACAAGUUCAUCUCUAAAGCAAAGAAACAUGGAUCUAAAUGCCUUGUGCACUGCAAGAUGGGGGUGAGUCGUUCUGCCUCCACAGUGAUCGCCUAUGCAAUGAAGGAGUACGGCUGGAAUCUGGACCGAGCCUAUGACUAUGUGAAGGAAAGACGCACAGUGACCAAGCCCAACCCCAGCUUCAUGAGACAACUGGAAGAGUACCAGGGGAUCCUACUGGCAAGCAAACAGCGUCAUAACAAGCUGUGGAGAUCUCAUUCCGACAGCGACCUCUCGGACCACCAUGAACCCAUCUGCAAACCCGGGCUCGACCUCAACAAAAAGGAGAUCACCACCUCGGCAGACCGGAUCGCUGAAGUCAAGACCCUGGAGAGCCACCCGCCCAUCCCUCCUGUCUUCGUGGAGCACGUGGUCCCACAAGAUGCAAACCAGAAAGGCCUGUGUACCAAAGAGAGAAUGAUCUGCUUGGAGUUUACUUCUCGAGAUUUUCAUGCUGGUCAGAUUGAAGAUGAAUUAAACCUAAAUGACAUCAACGGAUGCUCAUCCGGAUGUUGUCUGAAUGAAUCAAAAUUCCCUCUUGACAACUGCCACGCAUCCAAAGCCUUAAUCCAGCCUGGCCAGGCCCCAGAAAUGGCAAAUAAAUACCCAGACUUGACAGUGGAAGAUCUGGAGACAGAUGCACUGAAAGCCGACGUGAAUGUCCACCUACUGCCUAUGGAAGAAUUGACGUCGCGGCUAAAAGACCUUCCCAUGUCCCCUGACCCUGAGUCACCAAGCCCCCAACCCAGCUGCCAGGUUCAAGUCUCUGAUUUCAGUACAGACCGCAUUGAUUUUUUUAGUGCCCUAGAAAAGUUUGUAGAACUUUCUCAAGAAACCCGGUCCCAAUCUUUCCCCCACUCAAGGAUGGAGGAAUUGGGCGGGGGAAGGAGUGAAAGCUGCCGGCUGUCCGUGGUCGAAGUAGCCCCCUCAGAAGCGCCGGCAGAUGACCAGAGGAGCAGCUCGUUGAGUAACACGCCCCACGCAUCCGAAGAGUCUUCAAUUGAUGAGGAGCAGUCAAAGGCAAUCUCAGAGCUGUUCAGCCCAGAUGUCUUCAUGCAGCCCUACUCAGAAAAUGCCAUUUCAGUCAAAGAAAUCGUCACUGGGAUCGAGUCCAUCAGUCAGGGAGCCGGGCAGAUUCCACUGAAAGGAGAUGGCCCGUCCAACCCAUGCCAUACACCAAAGAAGAGCGCCACCCACGAGCUGCCUGUCGAGAGGGCCCAGGCGCCAGAUAACAAGCUUGGCAAUCUGGAACAGAAUGAGGGUCCCUGCACAGCCCAGCCUGAACUAGCCAAAGACUCGGGGAAGUGGGACUCAGAAGGUUGCCUCGUCAUGCGGUCACUCCCAGCAGACAUGGAAGAGGAGGAACCAGCCGAAGAGGAGCAGGAGUUCCGAGGCCCAGGGACGCACCCAGGGGCCAAGUGGUGCUCCGGAUCGGUGAGGCGAGCCACGCUGGAGUUCGAGGAGCGCUUGCGGCAGGAGCAGGAGCACCAUGGUGCGGCCCCCAUCUGCGCCUCUGUGUCCACACGCAAGAACUCCAAGAACGAUACUCUUGUGGCAGACUCGGCGCCAAGAGGGAAAAGUGAUGAAGCCGCUCCGGAACAUUCCGCCGUUCUCAAGGAGUCGGAGCUGAGCAAGGGCAAAGGGGAAUGUGCUGGGCCGGAGCCUGGCAGGCUGCCCUUCUCUGACCAGCAAGCCCCUACUCCCCAGUCUGAACUGCUGGAGUCCCCCACUUCAUUGGCCCCUCGGGAGUGCCAGGGGUCCGAUGCCAGAACGCAGCAGGAAGGAGCCCCACAGCAGAGGGUUGUGCGCUCAUGCCAGGUGCCCGAGACACAGGCAGCCCCCCUUUGCCUUCCCAAGAGGAUAGAAAUCAUCGAGUACACGCACACAGUGACAUCACAUGCUCGCUCUGGGCUCGGGGCUGAAGUCGCCACCACUGACCAGAAUGGGGAUCCAGGGCUGCGGAAAACGCCCGUGGGAAAGCCCGUGACUGUGCUGUGUGCGCUGGAUGAGAACCUGAACAGGACUCUCUGCCCCAACCAGGUCUCUCUGCGCCCCCAAAUGCUACCUCUACCACAUUCUUCCUUUCCUGAGCAGGACAGGCGCAGCAGCCUCCCCUGCCUUCCCAGCAGCCCCAAGGACAGGAGCCACAGCCCACCCACACCCAGGGAGGUAGCAAUGCCUUUUGUCAGUUGCACCACCCACGUGCCACCUGCCAACAUAGAUUUCCUGCAUCCUCAGACCGUGGUCCACCUGGAGGGCGUCACAGAGCAGAGCAGCAGUACAGACCACGAGCCUUCGAUAGGGCAGGUGGGCCCCCUCUCCGGUGACAGUGAGGUGCCCACGAGGGGCUCCCAGCCAAGUAACAAAGACCUAAAUUUAAUUAGCAAACUUGGUGACAGUGGUGAAGAGUCCGAAGACCUGGACCCAUCACCUGUAGCCCGUUCACUCACCCACAGCACCAGUAGUGACAGCGUGAAGGCCUUGGGCCACAGCGCUGGCGUGGUGAAAGAACGUGCUAAAGAAAUCGAGUCCCGGGUGAUCUGCCAGACAGGGCUCACCCAGCCAGCCCAAAUGAGACGCUCCGCUUCCUUUGCCAAGUUAGGUUACUUGGACCUUUGUAAAGACUGUUUACCGGAGAGGGAACCUGUGGCCUCAGAAAGCCCUCAUCUCAAACUGCUCCAGCCCUUCCUCAGGACGGACUUGGGCAUGCAUGCCAUUGAGGUCCGGGAGCCCCAGGAAAACCCAGGUGCCCCCCAGAACCCAGAGCCCACCAAGUAUUUUGUAGAGCAACUCAAAACGACCGAGUGCAUCGCGCAGAGCAGGCCAGUGGAGAGGCCCCUCGUGCAGUAUGCCAAAGAAUGUGGUUACAGCCAGCAGUGUUCGUUCCCCGGGGCAGGGUCUGAAUGGACUAGCUCUGAAGGAGGCCUCCCCUCGCUGCAGGUCCAGGGGCGGCAGGGUGCAGGCCCCACUCCAGGACUGGCCACUGCAUCUCGGCAGCAGCAUGGCAGAACUCAUCCCCUUAGGAGACUUAAAAAGGCAAAUGACAAAAAGCGGACAACCAACCCCUUCUAUAAUACCAUGUGA